GGCGAGUUGGCCACGGGCCUCUCUGGUCAGAGCUACACCACUCAGUGAAGGCACUCCACAUGGCGAUGGUUGGUCCGCGGUGCGGCGAAGAAGCGGACCUCACAAGCCUAACAUGGCUCAACAACUUGAGCAUCAUGCCACCAGCACUCCCGACUCCACCUUCGUCGCCGAAGCCUCCCCCUCCGAAGAAGUCCAUCAGCCUCAGGCUAACUCUCAAUGCUGCUAUGGCGGAGGAAUACAGAUUGUGUGGAGAUAAAAAGCCACCAUUUUCAUAUGCUACACUAAUAUGUAUGGCGAUGAGGGCAAACCAAAAUAAAAUGACACUAUCUGCAAUAUACUCUUGGAUAAAAGAAAAUUUCCUGUAUUAUCGGCUUGCUGAUCCUAGCUGGCAGAAUUCUAUCAGGCAUAACUUAAGUCUAAACAAAUGUUUUGUAAAAGUUCCUCGAAGUAAAGAGGAGCCUGGAAAAGGAGGAUUUUGGAGGCUAGACAUGGAAAGCUUGGAAAGAGGGCAUACUACAAGACCAAGAAAUAGGGUACACAAUUCCACGAAGAGCAUAAAUGGUGAGAAAACCAUAGGGACAAAAAAACGGGAAAAGACGGUAGCAACAAGUGUGAAGUUUCCAUCACCUGAAAAAACUCAAGAAAUAUUUUUGGGAUUCGAGCAAGGACCGAACGUAGUGGUAGAACCAUUACCAGAAGAUGAGCUCUCUUCCAUUCUGCUUGGAGGAGGUGCUGGUGGCUGGGAUGAAAGCCAACUUGAACUGCUACAUUCUCUUUUAGAUACGUUAUGAACAUGAUAAUUAUCUAUAAAAAACGGAGGUUUAUUUCCACCUUUGAAGCUUGUGUACCUUAAUCAUGUUUUCAAUGGGUUACUCCCCUAAUGGUGGAGAUAAACACAUGUGUUUUAAGGUUGGUCAAAAUGUGUAGUAUUUUGUACUGUACUAUUCUGUCAUACAUAAAAAUGAGAACCUAUACGUGAAUUAUUAAGUAAGUCUUUUAUUUUACAAUGGUUUUGAUAUUUAUAAAAUUUAUUUUAAUUGUAUUUAAAAGUUUAAAAUUUGUUUAUAUUUUGACUUGUAUGAAAAUUCAAAGCCAAAACACGUUUGUUAUUUUUCUUCACUAAUAUUCAGGUCUUUUCUAAUAACACCAGUUUUUGAAUUAUUAACUUCUGAUGAACUGAAAAAUUAAUUUAUGAUGCACAAUGUUGAGAAACAGAAAUAAUGCACAACCAAACUAUAAAUUAUUUUUGUGCCAUGUAAAUAUUUUAAAACUCUUUGAGACAUGUAGAUCUUUUGAAAGAUUUUUGAAUGAUAUUUUGAUUACUUUUCACUAAAUUACGUCAUCAAACAUAUUAUUAAAACUUAGCUUUAAUAUUUUUAAAAAUGUUACCUACGUCUAGGUUUCCUUGUCUCAUGUUACACUUAGUUAAUAUUUCUUUUAUUGAUAAAGGUAUUGAUAUCAUGUGCCUUUUUUCCUAAAAUAUAAAUAAAAGAUUAUUUUUGCUCAAAAAUAUUAACUCUUCCGUCCAGUUUAUGAGCUAUUGUUGGUGGUUUAUCAAUACAAAAGUUUUAUGAGUAAUUAUAAGGCUUGAAUAGCUAUAAGAAAAUAUUGAAUACAUUACUAGGUGAUUCCGUCCAAUUGGCCUUGAAAAGUUAGGUGCUUAAUUUAUUAAAAUGUGGUAGGUUCCGUCCAGAGGUUGUGAACUAUUAUAUUUACUUUGACUUUUAGAAAAGAAAGUUUAUCUUGAUGGUUAGGAAAGAUAGAAAGUUUCUUAUUUAAAUUAUAUAGGUAUUUUUAUAUAUAAUACGUAUGGGUAGGAAACAAAGGAAGUUGCAGCUGCUUUAAUUUUUAAGGCAUGAUUAAAAGAAAUAAAUUAGGUAUAAUUCAAUCUAUAUUCACAUAUUUUGAAUUAUUUCCAUACUUAUUUGAAAUGAAAUAAUUUUAAUAACAGCAAAAUGUUUAAUUUUUUCAUAUUAGAUUGGAGAGUAUAUUUGUUUUCAUCAAUUUACUUCUUUGACAAUGCCUUGUCGUCAAAUCAUUCUUAACAACUUUUCUUCCACCAAAUAUUAUAUUGAACAUUGACCUUUUUGAUUUUUUAUGAAAAUUUUGUUGAACUUAUAAAUCUUCCAUCACAUUAAUGCUGGGAAAUAUUAUUAAACUUACC